AUGUCAGAAUACAAUCUUCGUGCAAAGACCUUGAGAAGUACUAGGAAUAGACACACUACUUCUUUCAGACCAACUCCUAAAGCUUCAGAGAUUUUCCCAGGUUUAAAUGAUAUUACCGAUGCAUUUGAAGCACUCCCUACAGAUGUUAUUAGAUAUUUUACACUAUUGAAAGAAAUUGAUGCAAAAUGUGUCAAUAUAAUACCUACAUUGAACCAUGAGAUUAAGAAUUUCGUUAAAGCUAAGAAUGAUCCAAAUGAUAAAGAAGCUAGAACUGCCAAAAUUCAAGAAAUUUCUAGUUUAUUAAGAGAUGUUUUACCAUGUCUUGAAGAAAAAAUGCAUGUUGCAACCAUAGCAGCUGAUAAAACAAUAAGUUAUAUUGAUAGAAUCAAUGAUGAUUUUGAUUUAAUCUUCAAGAAUGAAAUUCCAGAGAAUAUUAAAUUUGGUUCAGCUAAUCAUCCAGCUAUUAUAAAUGAUUCAAGAAUACCUGAUAAUAAAUCCGCUCAAUCACAAAGAAGUGAAAGUAGAAGAGAAGCACUUGCUGCUAGAAAAGCUGCUAAUGAUACUGACAAUGAUGAUAGUGGAACAAAUAGAGGUAAAUCAAGAAGAGCUGAAAAGGAAAGUACACCAGUAGGAUCUCAACCACCAGCAGCUACUACAACAAAGAAACGUAAAACUAAUAACACAACUGCAAAUAAUAAUGCAUCAAAUACCAAUACUCAAAAUCAAGGAGCAAAUAAUCAAACCCAAGGCGCUAAUACUGUUAAGAAUGAAGAACCUCAAAUAUCAAGACCUUCAACUCCAUCAACAAACAAGAGACGUCAAACUACUAAAAAGAAACCAAGUCAAACAGCGGCAAAUCAAUUAUCAAGUCAAUCAGCUGAAACUGCUAGAAAUGUUGCAUCAGCGGAAGCUGAAUAUGCUGAUGAAAUUGCAAGUAGAAGAAAUAAUGCUGAUGAGCCAUUAUAUUGUUAUUGUAAUCAAGUUUCAUAUGGUGAAAUGGUUGGAUGUGAUGGUGAUGAUUGUAAAAGAGAAUGGUUUCAUCUACCGUGUACCGGGUUGGCAACAUUACCUAAAGGGAAAUGGUAUUGUGAUGAUUGUAAUGCUAAAUUAAAGAAGGCUAAAAAAAUCUAG